UAGUACUUCGGGUUGCGCUGUUCUGAAUUUACAUUUCUGUCCUCGUCCCCUCUCUCCUUGUUCUUCUUCCUUCCACUCCAAAACUUUUAGAGAGAGAAAGUGAGAGGGGAAGGGAGAGAAAUCGCAGCCAAAGAAAGCUUCCAUGGGGCUCUGUUCGUAUCUGCACUUGUAAUGGUCAGAAGGCUGAAUCGGAGUCCAAACAUUUCGCGAGAAGAGGUUGCGAAUUCAUCAAGGGAGAUCGUUCGAUGUAGUGAGGCCUGAGGGGUGAUUGGGCUCGCAUUCUUUGUCCGAUUCGAGGUUUUUUCCGCAUUCCGAUUUCGAUUUAGCUUUGGUGAUUCGUUCGGGUUGGCUUGUCUGUUGCUUCGCCCCUUGAUUCCGUGGGAGCAGAUAGAUAGAUAGAGAGAGAGAUAUAUAAGAUGUACGGCGGCGACGGAGGUGGAGGGAACGGCGCGGCUCCGCCUCAGCCUCUUGAAUGGAAAUUCUCUCAGGUAUUUGGUGAGCGCACGGAGGGAGAAGAAGUACAGGAAGUUGAUAUCAUUUCAGCAAUUGAGUAUGACAAAAGUGGGGACCAUCUCGCCACCGGUGAUCGUGGGGGCAGAGUGGUAUUAUUUGAAAGGACUGAUGCUAAAGAGCCUGUUGGAAGUCGGAGAGAGUUGGAAAGAAUGGACUAUCCAGUUAGUCGGCAUCCAGAAUUUCGGUACAAGACAGAAUUUCAAAGCCACGAACCAGAGUUUGAUUAUCUCAAAAGUUUGGAGAUUGAGGAGAAAAUUAACAAGAUUCGAUGGUGCCAAGCAGCUAACAACACUCUCUUUCUUCUGUCCACCAACGAUAAAACAAUAAAGUUUUGGAAGGUGCUAGAGAAGAAAGUCAAGAAAAUAGCUGACUUGAAUAUUGACCCUUCUAGAUCUAUUGGAAGUGUCAAUGCUGCCAGUUCUAGUGUUUCUAUGACUUCAAACCAGCAUCUUACAAAUGGCAGCUAUCUUGAUAGACCUUACAAUUGUUUGAGCAAUGACUCAUCAUUUCCUGCCAGUAGCAUCUCUGCACUUCGUCUGCCUGUGGUUACAAGUAAUGAUUCCAGCCUUGUAGCAAAAUGUAGAAGAGUAUAUGCCCAUGCUCAUGACUAUCAUAUCAAUUCCAUUUCAAACAACAGUGAUGGUGAAACAUUUAUAUCAGCUGAUGAUUUACGAAUAAAUCUGUGGAACUUGGAAAUAAGUGACCAAAGCUUCAAUAUUGUUGAUGUAAAACCAGCAAAUAUGGAAGAUCUAACAGAGGUUAUAACUUCGGCAGAGUUUCACCCAACCCAUUGUAACACGUUAGCUUAUAGUAGUUCAAAAGGAUCUAUUCAUCUCAUUGACUUACGGCAAUCAGCAUUGUGUGAUUCACAUUCCAAAUUGUUUGAGGAGCAGGAGCCACCUGGUUCAAGGUCCUUCUUCACUGAGAUAAUUGCCUCGAUUUCUGAUAUUAAAUUUGCAAGAGAUGGAAGAUACAUUCUCAGUCGCGAUUACAUGACACUCAAGUUAUGGGACAUAAAUAUGGAUUCUGGGCCAGUCUCAACAUUCCAGGUUCAUGAAUAUUUAAGACCAAAGCUAUGCGAUUUAUAUGAGAAUGACUCCAUCUUUGAUAAAUUUGAAUGUUGCUUGAGCGGUGAUGGCCUGCGAGUAGCUACAGGGUCUUACAGCAAUCUGUUCCGCGUGUUUGGCUCUGGUCCAGGAAACACAGAAGCAACCACACUGGAAGCAAAUAAAAAUCCUAUGAGGAGACAAGUCCAGACCACCCCUUCAAGGCCAGCCAGAUCCCUGAGCAGUAGUAUAAGCCGUGUUGUCAGGCGAGGAGGAUCAGAAAGUCCAGAUGCAAAUGGAAAUUCAUACGAUUUCUCAACGAAAUUGCUUCAUCUUGCUUGGCAUCCAACUGAAAACUCAAUCGCCUGUGCCGCUGCAAACAGCCUGUACAUGUAUUAUGCUGCAUAGUAUCAAUCACAAUAAUAACAUCACCGCAGGGGUAGAAGAAGGAAUGACUCAAUCUCUGGGUGCAAUUGCAAUUUGUGAGAGGGGCUUAUAUAGGUACCGUACCAUUUCUCUUCUUUCUUUUCGCAUCAAAUGUGCCCCCAGCCCCCUCCACAUCUUAAAAAUUUCAAGAAGCCGCCGAUGAAUCUUCAAUAAUUAAGAACCGCCGGUUUCUGAGCCACCCUUGUUUGAUGGUUGUGCUAUGGUGGUGGGAGGGGACAGCUAGUGAUGAAAGAAUGUCACUGCUAACGUUUGCAAGGCUUCAAAGGUUUAUUUACCCACCUCUUUGGGAUAGGUUUAGCUUUUUGUAGGAUAUAUUUUAUUUGUGGCAUUGCUAGAAACCAUCACCCUACUGAAAUAAUUUCCUUUUUUUUUUUGAAAAACGAAAAAUCCCGCAUAAAAGAAACUUUGGAAGGCUCUGAACUUUAGUUUUCCUCCACUGGUUUGACAUGGACAUCCAGCAAGAAAUGUUGUUAUUGUUACUAAAUCUUUACUAGUCACAUUGUUCAUGUAUGUUAGUAUGUUUUAUGAAUUGGCUAAUCUGGCUUAAUUAAUUAACUCUUUUGUGCAUU